AUGCAGGGAAUGGCGAGCAUUCGCUCCUUCGGGCUACUGCUUGCUGCCUGCCACAGGGCUAGACGAUGGGAGGAGGUCCUCGCUUUGUUUCGACGUAUGACGUUUCUUCGCAUGCCUGUUGACGUGACAGUCCUGAAUUCAACAGUCAGUGCAUGUGAGACGGGUGCCCGGUGGCAACUUGCUGUGCACCUGUUGGCAGAGGGUGAUGUGACAGACGCAAUCACUCGGAAUGCUGCCCUGGCCUCUCUUAGUGCAGGCUACCAAUGGCAACGCGCCCUGAGUCUUUUCGCCGCCUCUGCCAACUUCCAUCGCGCUGGUCCCUCGAGCACCUUGGGUACUGCCUUGGGCACUGCCUUGGGCACUGUGGCCGUGGCAGCAGAGCGCGCGACGCGCUGGACAGUCGCCAUCGAGAUGUUUCGACAUGGGUUGUCAAUGAUGGACUCCCUGCCGCAAGUUGCAUCUAGUUCAGCAGUGGCAGCCUGUGGGAGAGCCACCCAGUGGGAGAUUGCUCUUCAACUUCUCAGCACUCUGCAGCGUCUGCAGCUACAACCUGCCCAGCCUACGUGCAAUGCAGCAAUUUCUGCGUGUGAGAGGGGUCACCGCUGGGCUAUCAGCCUGGCUUUGCUGAGGCAGAUCCUGGUGCCUUGCCAGAAGUGCCAUGCCCUGCGCAUGUUCCGCACAUCGACGGCUGAGGACACUUCUGAUGCGGACCCCGUCAGCUGGAACUCGACCUUGAGCGCACUAGAGAAAGGUUCUCAGUGGCAACGCUGUUUGAUUCUGUUCGCUGAGAUGGUCGAGGCUGAUGCCAUCGCCUGCAAUGCAACAAUCACUGGCUGCAUGCGAGGCGAAGCGUGGGAGCUGGCGCUGGCAGUGCUCCAGGUGGCUGAGCGGCAACACGUCCCACUUUCCACUGUGUCUUUCAAUGCUUCGAUUGCAGCGGUCGGUCGCGGAACUCGGUGGGAGGAGUGUCUGCAGCUGGCGGCCGCCAUGAGAGGCGGCUCCCAUCGCCCGGACUUUAUCACCUUCAACGCUUUGGCUUUCGGGCUCCGGAGGAAGUGGCAACAUGGCCUCGCUUUGCUCUCACCGGACAGCGUGCCAGCAUUGACGGGAUUGCGGCUGAUUGCCGAAUCUUGUGGCAGGGCGGGCUCCCCAAUGUGGUCGCUGAUGUGCUUGGCCCCCCUGUUGCGGAAAGAGGCCGCGAGAAUGCUCCAAAGUUCUUCGGAGGGGCAGUUCCAUCGCUCGCUGGAGGAGACACAUCCGAUUGUACCAGCCCUGGAUGUCCUCUCCGGGCUCGAUGGCGGCAUGGUUCUUUCUGAGUGGCACUGCCUCUCGCGGAGGGAGCUCAGGCCCCUCUUCGCCGCUGGGCAGGCGCUACGACGAUCGCUCAUCGAGACCCUCAUCUGGACGGGAACCGAAAAGUACGCAGAUUUCUCUUUCUUCGAGAACAGCUUCCCGGAUGCUGCGGAGACAGAUGCCGCUCUGUUCAAACUGCAUGUUUGGAUGGGUCUUAGCAUUGUGUACAGGCCGUGGGCAUUGCACGAGCAGGAAGCCGACCCGGGACCAGUGGGGCCAGCACGCUUGAAGCUUAUGGAAGCCAAAGAGGACAUGGAACUGCAGGAGCACCAUGACGAGGCCUUUGUUUCCGUGGCCCAGCGCGAGCAGCUCAAGCAGGAGUACUGGCAGAAAUACAACGAGGCGGGCAGCGCCAAGAAGACCUUAAGCGAGUUUGAGGAGUGGCAGAGGGUGCUGCAUGGCGGGAAAGCAGAGGUCUCGACAACUGCUCCAUCUGAAAUAGAGGAUGUGGCAACAAGUCGGGUCAGUGUGGAGGACACGGACUGGCGCAUCUCCCACCUUGGCUUCACCAGGCGGUCCGACCAUGAGGAGUAUGUGUCGGACUACUAUCGCCGAUGCCGCGAGAGGCACUACAUCCCUCUGGGUCCACGUGGAAGCACUCCAAGAAAGGCCAAGGGCCAUGCUCACCCUGUCGUGGACCCAGUGGCAGUUGAACCCGGCGUGCUGGAUUUUGGAGGCUGGAGUCUUGGCUCUGACCGGUUGGACAUGCUCUGCCAGGCUCCAGGUGCUCUGGACCAGUGCACGCGGUGCAACCUGUCGGAGAACCGCAUCGAGGACAGAUCCGUGCCCCUCAUCUGCGAGAAGCUGCUUCCGAGAGCACAGGCAUUGAAUCUCUCCCACAAUCAGAUCGGCGUGUCUGGCAUGCGCCACUUCGAGACCGCGCUGCGGAAGAGUGGGCUCAACACGCCGCUUAUGGAGCUGAAUUUGCAGGGCAACCGACUUGGUACUCCCUUUGGUCCAACUGUCGCAGCAGCCGAUGCGUACGAGCGCGACCUUUGCAGCUUCGUUGAUGCGCUGAGCCGGGCCACUGAGCUCCGGGCCCUAAGCCUGGCGCAGAACGGGUUGGGCAGAGUGAACCACGAGCUGGGUCAGGCUCUUGGACAGCUGGUUUCCGGGCUGAAGAACCUGAGAGUCCUAGACUUGCACUGGAACGGCUUCCAUGGCCUCGGGGCGUACAAGCUCUUAGAAGGCAUCUGCGACAACCGCGUUGUUGGUGGCAAGCUCUCUCGCGUGGAUUUGAGCUGGAACCGCCUCGGCAUCAACAGGGCCAAGAAGUUAUACAAUCCCUCCAAGAUGCUGGCAGACGUGCUAGCAAACAACGACCAGCUUUUUCACCUCGACAUUUCGUACAACUCGAUAGGUGUCGAGGACUGUGCGAUGAUUGCAUCUGGUCUUCGAUACAACAGCACCCUCUUUGGGUUCCAUGUGGCCGGCAAUGAGGUGGGGGGAACAGGUCUGUUCCUGUUUUGA